GUUCUUUUUGUUUUUUGCGGCUGGAUCACCAUGAAGCUCAAUAGGGUUACCCAUGAGGCAAUUCGAUGCUUGCAGUUGCGCUCUGUUCAUGUUAAAUCCUCCUUCGAGGCAAGUCAAUCUACUGCUAUUAUCACCGAUGACUGGUUUUUCCCCUGGCUAAGUGCAGAUGCAGAUAGAAGCUGGCAAUGGGGACAGGCUAAGCGAGCUGCCCAAGGACGUGCUGCUCAACAUUCUGGAGAGGGUGGAUACGCUUGAUGCUGUAAGAACUUGCAUCCUCUCGAGUCAAUUACGGAAUCUGCCCACUAUGCUCUCGCAGAUCAUCAUAGUUCCCACCAAUCGCGAUUUGCUUCGAAUGAAUGGUGUUUCGGCCCACCUGAUAAACAAGAUCCUUACCACAAGGUCUCCACAGAUCACAAUUCGCAAGCUGCAGGUCACGUUCGUCUUGACACCUAAUGACUGUCGCUCCAUUGGCAAAUCUGUUGGCCGUGCCAUGGCAACACACAAAGUGGAUGCAGCUGAGUUUGAAAUAGUGACGCCCAAGAAUUCUUAUCAUUGCACCCAUGCCGAUCUCCUCAACUUUGCCAAGCAGUUCAGUUCGUUCGUUGCUGAUUGCCCGGAUGCAUUUGCUGGUCUCACGCGACUGCAACUUCAGAAUCUGAGGUUUGGUGAUUCAGACAUACCCAAUAUCCUUAGCACUUGCAAGCGGCUGGAGUCAUUGUCUUUCUUCGAGUGUGACGCCGGGAUUCGGUCGGUGCUGCAAGUAGAACAUGCUGGACUUGUUGAGCUUAGUAUCACCUAUGGGGAGUUCCAAACAGUGGAGCUCGACUGUCUGCCAAAGCUCCAAAGGAUGACCUAUAAUAAUUGGCCUUCUGAUGAAAAUCCCCUGGUUCUUGGUUUUGCCCCUCAGCUUUCGAAGCUAAGCCUCGCUAAUGCAUGUCUUUCAGACCAGACCCUCAUGAUGAGCCAGUUGCUUGCUAAUGUCCAGGCUAUAAGUGAUCUAUAUCUGGAUUUUCGAAGUGAAAAGAUUUGGAUUCAACCAGAAUGCCCUAGAGUGCUUGCUCCUGUUCUUGGCCAGCUACGGUCUGUGAAUCUGGACUGUCUUCCUGAAGAAUGUGAUAUCACAUGGACAAUGUUCCUUCUUGAAGCUGCACGAUUCAUAAAGGACUUUUGCAUCACUGUAUGGGAUCAUAAGUGUGGAAGCGAGUCGCAAAAGAGUUACUCCAAGAAAACAGAUGUGAAGUGGGAGCCAUCUGCUCCUAAUUUCAAGCACAAGAAUCUAUCCAAGCUAACCAUUAAUGGCUUCCAGUCCGACGGCAACUUCAUGGGGUACGUCAGGCGUGUCAUGGAAGCUGCGGUGAACAUCAAGGAGGUGUGUCUUUACGACAGGAAGGUGUGCAAGCUCUGCACUGACAAGUUUCCUCACAGUGAGGUUCGUCCUUCGACAUAUCCACGAAGCUGCAAGGAAAAGGACUCAUUGAGGAAGAAAAUCACAGAGGCAUCGGUGAUGAUGGCUUCCCCUGCUGUGAUUCACUUCCGGUCAUAAGUUCUAUAUAAGUCAACAAAUAUUUCGUGGCAUCGCCAUGGUCUAUUGGCCAUGUGGUUUGUUGGAGUUCCCCACUACUCCAGAUGUUAGUAACGACCGCGUGUGUGUUAUUUCCCUCGUAAACUGAAGCGUGUAUUGUUAUUGCUCAUUGGCUAGCUUGUAUGAAAUGUACCUUAUCUGCCUUUUUUGUUGGAAUAGCUCUUUUGUAUUUUGUGAGAAUGAAACAGAUAAAACAAGCACAUCAAUGAUUGUUCCUGUAGUAUUUUUUUUUGUAAAA